AUCUCCAGACAGAGCGGAAGAAGGGUCCCGUGUGAUCUGCUGAGCAUCCUUACCGUUAACCAUCAGCGCUGUGAAUCCAGGUCAGCCGCUCUCCGGCGCUUCCUGUGUUUACCUCCUCGGCAUGUCCUCUUCGCCUCACUGGUGCAGAUGCGAUGUUGUGGAUUAGAGGACGUGGGAUUUGGAUUCGUCCCCUGUCAAGCCAUGCCAGCUGUAGAUCUCCCCCACCAGGUCUCCGGAUCAUGAGGUGCUAGCCGAAAUCCCUCGACAGGCUCCUUCCCUCUCCAUGAUGGCGAUGUUCCGGAGCUUCGUGUCGGCGCAGCAGCACGGCGGCGGCGGCUCGGGCCCGCUGGGGGCCCCGGGGGAGAGCAUCGAGAGCCAGUUCUCCUGCCCCAUCUGCCUGGAGGUCUACCACAAACCCGUCAGCGUCGCCGGUUGCGGACACACGUUCUGUGGGGAGUGUCUGCAGCCGUGCCUUCAGGUCAGCUCCCCCCUCUGCCCCCUCUGUCGCGUGUCCUUCGACCCCAAGAAGGUGGAGCGCUCGUCCAGCGUGGAGAAGCAGCUGUCCUCCUUCAAAGCUCCCUGCAGAGGCUGCUGCAAGAAGGUGUCCCUCAUGAAGAUGAGGUCCCACAUCUCCUCCUGCUCUAAGGUGCAGGAGCAGAUUGCCAACUGUCCCAAGUUUGUCCCUGUGUUGCCAACGUCUCAGCCAAUCCCAAGCAAUAUUCCAAACCGGUCCACAUUUGUGUGUCCAUUCUGUGGUGCCAGGAACCUGGACCAGCAAGAACUGGUGAAGCACUGUAUGGAAAACCACCGCAAUGAUCCCAGCAAAGUGGUGUGUCCCGUGUGCUCAGCCAUGCCCUGGGGGGACCCCUCCUACAAGAGCUCCAACUUCCUGCAGCACCUCCUGCACAGGCACAAGUUCUCGUAUGACACCUUCGUCGACUACAGCAUCGAUGAGGAGGCGGCCCUGCAGGCGGCGCUGGCUCUGUCUCUGGCUGAAAACUGACACUCAGACUCCCACCCUCUCUGGGUCCAAAGGUCUUGACCCCCCCAGCGAAGGCACGUGGGACUGCAGCUGGAUUUCAUUUGACCCCCCCUGACUGAUUUCUUUCAUUGCUUCUUAUGGACUCCUGAAGGAGGGGGGAGCCCCAUGAAGCAGACAGAUACAACAGUUUAGAUACAGCAUGCCCCCCCUUAAGAUUUAGGAGCUUGUUUUCCUCAUACCCCCCACCCCCACCCCAGAAAAAGCUUCCUUUUAAGUUUCCUUUCGAGUCCAACUUUGUAAAUUCCAUUUUGUGAAGAUGACUGGAGUUCUCUUUGUUUUUUGUCCAUUUGCCGUUCCACUCUGAUCCAGAAGAGUGGAACCUGCAGUCUGAUAAGAGUGUGUGUGUGUGUGUGUGUGUGUGUGUGUGUACAUGUGGGUGUGUGUCUGAAUGGUGUUAGUCUGAAGUCUGGGGCUUUUAUUUGGACCAUGCUGUUUUUACCUUCACGCUUUUAUUUGUGGAUGAAUCUUGUAAACAUGUCAAUAAAUGAUUCUGUCUCAA